CGUCUCUCCGCACAAAUCCAACACCGCCAGUCAGCUCGCUAACUCCCACCGAGUGCGUCUCUGUCCCCCUCCUCCGAUCGGCGAAACCACCCCCAAAUCUCUCUCCCCUCGGCCUUCAAACCCGAGCUCCGACCGGGCCCUGUUCAUGGCGAACACCGAGAACCGCGAGGAAUUCGCAUUCCCCGCCAAGCGCAAGCCCGAUCUCCCCCGCCGCGAGACCGAAGGAGUAGGAGGAGGAGGAGAUCGCUCCAGCAAAAGCCUCAAGCUCGAACCUUUGGAGAACCUCAACCACACCGGCGGCAACGACGAAAAACCCUCGGAGUCCGGCGACGGGAACGCGCACGGGGAGGGGAAUCACUCGGGGAAGGCCCUGGUUCCAGAGGAAAAGCCAGUGGACGCGGAUGCUCCGGUUGAGGUUGAGGAGGAGGAGGAGGAAGAGGAGGACGGCGAUUACGAUGACGACGACGAAGAGGAGGAUGAUGAUGAUGAUGAUGAUGAAGAGGAAGAGGAUGCAGGCGAUGCAGGCGGCGAGGUGUAUGUGAAGGGUAAGGGGACUCUGAAGGACGAUAAGGGGAAGGGCAAAAUGAUCGUCGAAGAAGAAGACGAGGAUAGUGGCGAUAGCAGCAGCGAUGAUUAUGGCAGUGUUGGCGUUCCUUCGGAGAGCGACAGCGAUCUGUCCGACGAUCCGCUCGCGGAGGUCGACAUGGACAACAUUCUCCCGUCGAGGACUCGGCAGCGGACGGCUCGGCCCGGGGUUUUUAUCGCCGGGGAUCGUAAGGAUGGAGGAGAUGAUCGAUCGUAGGGAUUUGAAGGUUCGUUUAAUUGCUGGUUUUGAAGUAGGAACCUUCUAUUGAAUUGUUGUUGAUGCGAUCGAGCUUGGAGGUCAGGAAUUAUAUCUGAUAGGUGUAGUUGAUCGGCAAAUGUGACACCGAGGGACCGGAAUUUGGCAAUGCUGGUGAUACAUUUUGUAUUGUGACAUGGUCUUUUCCUCAGGCCAAAUUUUUUCUGUCACAUGCCAUCGUUGGAAA